AUUAAUUUGCUUCCUCUGGGUGUUCAUCACAUUCUUGUUUUUACACCAAACCCUCUUCUUUAUUCUUUACUCUCUCUUUCUUUGCAUUUUCAUUUAGUCCAAUGCUCAUGGAUUGGCUAGAAAAGUUCUUGGCAGCACUUCUCAUUUUGGCUGCAGCCAUUGAUGGAGCUCAGGCAGAUACCAUGGUCAGUGGCACAGUCUUCUGUGACCAAUGCAAAGAUGGUGAAAGAUCCCUCUUUGAUUAUCCCAUCAAUGGUGUUAAAGUACAAGUGGCUUGCAGUGACAGCAAUGGGCAAAUCACAAUAUCAAGGGAAGAAACAACAAAUUGGUUUGGAAACUAUGCUGUCAAGUUUGAUGGCACGCCAGAUUUGAGUGGCUGUUUUGCUCAGGUUUCAAGCACAGGGCAAGGCUCAAAUGGCUGUGGGGUUAGUGCUGGCCCUGCUCAAAGCCUUAGGCUUAUGUUUAGGAUGUUUAAUAUGGCGAUGUAUGCUGUGGACUCUUUGCUCACUCAGCCUGCUCAGCCUAUGUCAUUUUGCCCAAGGUCAGCUAAUCCGGUGGCUCCUGCACCGCCGACACCAGCUAGGCCUCUGCCUAACCCGGUAACCCCGGCCAGUCCUCCACCUUUUAGGCUUCCCCCUCUUCCAAAAUUGCCACCAUUGCCACCAUUGCCUCCAUUGCCUCCAUUGCCUCCAAUGCCACCAGUGCCCUUCUUGGAAGCUACAGCAUGCCCUCAUCAGCAGUGGACAUUGCCAGAGCACAAAUGCUACUGGAGGGCAGUGAGUCCGGACACAAAGGUAGCUGUUGUUUUCGGAUUGGCGGCAGCCAGGAGAUACGGGACUGACCUGACAUUAUUGCAAGGCCUACAAGGAAGAGGAGAACCUUACAGGACUCUCCUGAGGGAAGGGAUCACUGCAUUUCUCAACUCCUACAAUAGUCUUCAAUUUCCUUACAAUUCAAUUGCUGUGGUCCAGCAUUUGAAUUAUGGCUUGAUGGGCUCCAACAGAAACGUCCUCUUUACAGCCUUGCGCUUCAUCAGGGCCAAUUCAGGUUAUGGGAGAGUCCCUUGCAAAUUUACUGCUUGCAAAUGAUUUGUCUAUUUUAAAUCUAAAUUGCAUUAGACUGUGUUAAGUUUGCUUCUAUGUUUAGCUUAAACUAUGAUUAUGUAUUUUUGAUUCUAAAGAGAGAGGGAGGCCUAGAGUCGAACUUUAGUUAUGAGUGCGUGGUUAUAAGUGCUCUACUACUAAAGCUAUAAGGUCUUCCAAGUUACGAUAUUUAAACAGUUA